CUGUGAAGGGAUGUCAUCUCAUUCGUGCAUGGCAUCAAUUUAUUAAAAUAGAGGUUCUGACGUUUUUUUGUCCAAACAGCCAUCAAGGACAAGAACGCUACAAAAAGCAAGGACAACCGGUACCACCGUACAAGUGUAUCAUACUGAAGCAACCAAUACAACAAGAACGAUAAUGGGGCGCCUCCAACUACUCUUCGCCUUACUGCUAUUAUCCAAGGGAGACUCCUUCUCUGUACUGAGCAUGAGACGCAACAAGAAACCAUCAUGCAUUCAUCAUCCUGCUGUAUCAUUUGAUCAAGUCAUGGAAGGCUUGGAUCUGUUGUAUCCUCCUCAAGAUUUGGAACAACGCAAUGCUGCUAGUCGCGCCGAUGGCUAUUGGGCGUACAUCAAAGAGGGCAAGGAUGUACCGUUGGAGACGACCUAUGGAGAAUUCGAUAUCGAGUUUUUUCGACGCAUCCUGGAACGCAUGAUGGAAUUAUACGACAAUACUGAUAGUACUGACGACAAAUUGGUUUUUUGCGAUAUUGGAAGUGGAGCAGGACGGCUCGUAAUGGCAGCCGCGGCAUUGUUCCCCGAUCGAUUCCAAGUUUGUCGGGGCAUUGAAUUGUUGGAGAGUAUUCACAAGGUAGCGGAAGAGACGUUGGAGAAAGUCAAGGUAUCCAGGGAUGAAAAUAAUGAUGUUCUGCCAUCACAGACUCCACCAGCAUCUUCCAACAAUAACAAUGUACAAACUCAGUCCGCACACCAGCAGCAGGAAGAUUCUUGGGUGAGCAAAUACGAGGCUCAAUAUCGACAAUUGGCAGUCGCAUCAGCCACUCCAAUAACCACCACUACAACGACUGCAACAACAACAGCCACCACCACCAAUAAUUACAGAUUACCACCCCACUCCAUACCCAUGGCGGAUAUGGAAUUGUUGUGUGGUUCCUUUGAACAUGUCCAUUUUGGAGAUUCCAAUCUCAUUUUUGUCUUUUCCAGUUGCAUGUCGGGUACCAUUUUGGAGCAAUUGGGACAAGCCGUCGCACAACAGUGUGCCUCGGGAACACUCAUUGUUACCACCGAAUAUGCCAUUCCAUCACUACCAGUGUUGGAAACCAUGGAUGGAACGUGUCAGGUAGUGGGAGGGACAUCGACGGCCUUUUUUCAUCGUGUGCAAUAGCUGUUAAAGUCGAUUCAAAUAAAAAAAUGGUUCUCGACCCACCCCAAGAAGGGGCGCAUGUACUGGACCGAGGAACGAUCCGUCAGAAACAAGAGAGAGGACGGAACAAAAGAUAGGAACUAUACGGUAGUCGUUACAAGCUGAUUGUUUGAUUGAUUGAUGGGACAGUCUAUCGUAGCAA